AUGGGCGUCACCUACAGGCUACAGCUGUUCAGUUUUAACUCCGGAAUGAUUCUCUUGAGCUACUUCGUUUCAGCUAAUUGGACAUCGUACUAUGGGCUUGAAAAAGCUGCGUCCUUGAAAACUCUUCCUUUCCUAGCGUUGCGAUCUGGCCGUCAAGGACAAUUUCUGUUUGCGAUAUCCUCCGGAAAGCCAACAGGAGUGAAUGAUGGGUGUUACUUUGCUCUGGGAUCAUCGUUGAGCAUAGAAAGGAAGACGUUGCACGUUGAACCUUCCUUGCGCCCUAGUGGGCGCACUCUCUACGUUCAUACUUUUCCGAGGCUUCUUGAGGAUGCGCAAUUCCAAAUCUCGCCAGUGACCGUGCCUCACCUCCCGCAUCGACUCGACGAAGCUACAACAUUCAUAUAUCAAGAUUUACUACUGUAUAACCAACUUGCUGCAGACUACUCAUGGAUGGGUAUCACCGCUGCCGUGAAAUGGGCUUUGAAGUCAAGGGAUCAUUAUCAUGCGUAUAGGGUCCGACGAGGCGGCGCGCUGCUGCCAGGUUAUUCCCUCAAGGCACAUGCUUGUAACUCUCUGUCGAUGAAGAUUCCUUUGACGUGGACUGGGAUGAUGGGCCCGAUGUCGACCAUCGAGUUUAUCCCGAACUACAUGCCUCCCGUGCCCGCCCCAUCCACUAGAGCAAUCGCCUUUGAUAUAUUUGGCACCAUCUUGGAUCGUGAUGGUGCCAUCAACGAAGCUAUGCGGCUGCUAUCACCAACAUAUCCAGACAAUCGCCAUCUGUCUAAAGUGUAUCUCGAAUGCGAACUUAUGAGACACAGAGAUCAUACUGACGCACCCUAUAACGACAUCGUGCGGCACCGCCUGCAGGAUGUCUGCACUGUUCUGGAAGCGCCGCCCAGUGAAGCGGUUCUCCAGGAAGCUAUACAGACUAUCCUGCAACCUGGUUUUAUAUGCCGAUGCAGAAGCAGCUGUGAAGACGCUCCUGAUCCAGGGUAUGUGCUGGUCUGUCUUCCGAUCCCGGGCGUGAAAUCAUUUUUACUUCCACAACUUCCAUCUGGUCUUACUUUGCAUGAUCAACCUGCACCUCUUUCGGAUCUCUUGCCAAAACCACUCCAUAUUUUCGGACCUCUUGGAGCGCUGUCGUUUGAAAUGUGGAACCAUCGACAAGGACCCAGAUUCUUGUACGACCCAACCCUAGCGGUCGACGGACUACAAGGUUUACAAUGCAGCUACAAAAAUUUGUCUGCUCUUCAUCAUUCACCAGUAGAGCGCACUCCCAACUCACGUCCCGUUCCGACUCACCGACCCGCGGACUGUCGUGUUGCCUUACGAAGCUCUAGUGUACAACCUGCCUGCGUGGACACCCAGGGAUACCGUCAAUGCAAAUGGAGUGGUAUUGAUCGAGGAUCCCAUAUCUUGAUUCUCGAUCAAGUAGGGGCGAAGCUCUCUCUGAAGACAGUAGUUAUGCUCGCUAUCGAAAUGUUGGAUCGAAUUGAAUUUGUACAUUCACGAGGGGUCAUCCUGCGUGACAUCAAGCCUGAAAAUUUCGCGAUGGGCGUUGGGGAGAACUCUCACGUCGUCUAUCUAUUCGACUUUGGUUUGGCGAAGCUUUCGCAUAUACCGUUCCGUGAAGGCCGCGUUGGACUUGGAACUCCACGAUAUGCAAGCUAUAACGUGCAUUUUGGACGAGAACAAGGGCGACGAGACGAUCUUGAAGCGUUGGGCAACGUGCUACUAUUUCUUUUGCAUGGACGUCUGCCUUGGCAAGGCGUCUACUCACCAAGCCUCGAGGCCAAACUACUUCGAAUGGGGGAAAUGAAAGCUGGUUCAGCAUUUCGCGACCUCCUUACGCGCUCACCUGUGGAGUUUACUACGUACUUCGAUCACUGCCGUGGUUUAAAACAACUGUUUAACCAGAUAUUGGUCACGGAAGGGUGGACGGAAAACAGCAGGUUUGAUUGGGAGGAUGGAAGUUCCCGCAAAGAUAUCCGAUUUACAAAAGACGAUGUGUCCACGCUACAGUACGUGGGCCCAUACAUUCAUUAUGCAAUUUAUUAAAUGUGUCGGGGAGAACUCUCACAUCGUCCAUCUA